GACAGCGCGUUAGCCUUUACUAUUAAGUAUAAAGAGGCACCUAAGUUUCUCGCCAUAGCCCAGGAGAUCCCUAAUGACGUACCGGGCCAGGAAUCGCGCGAAACCGACCUCGGCGAGAGCGAGCAGAAGAUGUGGAUCAUAAAGGUCGCCAAGGGCUACACGAGAAGAAGUAUAGUACGAUAGAUUCACAAUGCUUAGGGCGAGUUUCUCGACUUAAUUAAGAACGCCGAAACCUUAGAUAUUAUUAUCAUGGUCCUGGGUUACUUAUCUAUAUACCUAACUUUCGUGUCGCUAUUCCUUUCGAUAAGGAAGAUAGGCUUAAAUAUCUGGCUCGCUAUUAGUAUGUUAUUCUCGUCUACCUUCGCCUUCUUAUUUAGCCUAAACGUUACUACCAAACUCGGAGUUCCCGUUAGUAUGGUCCUUUUAUUAGAAGGCCUACCUUUCCUCGUAGUAACCAUUAGUUUCGAGAAGAACAUUAUCCUUACCCGGGCUGUCCUAUCGCACGCGAUUAAGUACCGUAGACCCGAGGAUAACCCGGCCGAUACCGGCAGAUCCGGUAAGAAGUCUUCGGCCCCGUUAGAUGGAAUUAUUUAUUACGUAGUCUAGCGCGCCAUUAGGGAUAAAGGCUACGAGAUUAUCCGG